GUAUAUAGAUCUUGUAAUUACCACAACCAUUGCUGUCCUUAUGGGAUAUACGCAGUCAUAUGAACGAUUAUCAGUUCAGAGACCGGAGGGGUCACUUGUGAAACCAUCUAAUUUAUUAUCUAUACUUCUACAAGUGUUCUGUGCAGCAUUCUUCCAGACUACAGCACUGUUGUACCUGAGAAGUCAAUCAUGGUAUGAGGUUGUAGAACCAGAAGGUGGAGAAAUGAAGGUAUCAUGGGAGAGUACAGUGAUAUUUAUAUCAUCAUCAUUUCAAUACAUUGUUGUAGCGUUCGUCUUCUCCAAGGGACCACCUUUCAGGAAACGUAUAUACACCAAUGUUCCAUACCUGGCUAGUCUAUUGUUGUUAACUGCGUUUUCUGCUGGCUUAGUACUGUUGCCAUGGAAACCUUUAAUGGAGUUUUUUACUCUGAUGAGACUAGACCAGAAACCUGUGAUGUUUAGAGCUCUUCUCCUUACAAUAGUGGCAGCUCAUUUUAUAGUUGCAGUAAUUAUAGAGUACCUUGUAACUGACAACAAAACAAUGAAAUCCUGUAUAAAACGUUGUGUCCAUUGUUUACGACCAAAGAAAAGUCAGUCUGCAUACAAGAGAGUAGAGCGUGAAUUGGUACUUGCUGAUUGGCCACCUGUAGGUCAGGUGACUUACGCACCGACAGCUUGUGGUGAUGCGGACCCUACAAGUAUAAUGCUAGACAACUUUCAACCUGAUGCUACUGUCACUAGAUGACAUAGGAUAAUUUCCAGUCCAUUUCUAUUUGUUAAAAAUAUUGAUAAUUUACUUUACGGAAACAUUGCAAAUUUAAAAAAUAUUUACGGAUUUGGUUCACAUAUAUUUAUACCAUGUUAAAUCAUCAGUUAAGAAAGUUUUAACAAAUUAUUACAUUGUAUUUUAUCAAUAAGUUAGUGCAAAGAGUGCAAAAAGGUCAAUGCUGUAGUUAUUACCAUUUUGCACUUUUUUCUCUAAAUAUAGUUGAAAAACUAUUCUAUUUAAAGACAUGAUGUAAUACAUGCACAUUAAAGGAACUCCACUGAGGUCAAAAAGCCUAAGAUUAUGAAAUUUUAUUAAGUAGAUCAAGUGAAGCACAUAAAAUGGAAAAAUCUGUAAAGGAUAAUAAAGAAAUUUUGUCCUAAUUAAAUUGCACGGCAAUUUUUUGGGUGAUUCUAAGGCUUAUUUGAAUGGAAAGCGUUGCAACACUUUUCAAUUUUGGGUCAUUUUGCACAAUAAAAACGAUUAUUGUUGAAAAAUUGGAUGAGGGAUGGCCUGGAAAAUUUGCACACAAGUUAAUGAUCCAGACCUAUAUGAAAUGACAUACAAAUCUCAGAAAAAUGCAUCAAGUGCCGUCUUGUAAAAAAAAUCUCAGUGGAGUCCCUUUAAUAUAUAUUACUAUGUCAAGUUAUUCUAUUGUAAAAAAUAAUGUUAUAAUGUAAUUUAAAUCAGUCAUAUUGGCUAAACAUAUAAUGCUCAUAGAACCAUGUAGAUGGUGAUUAUUUUUAUGUUAAUGUAUAUUUAUUUUUAUGUUUAUGUAUAUAUGAUGGAGGGACGUUUAAUGUUGAUAAAUGUUUUAAUUUUUAUAAACUUGUCACAGUUGAAAAUCAUACCACUACUCUCUACAAAACCCACCUUUAAUUAUUAAAGUUCUAUUUUUGGUUAAAAAUUAGGCAGUUUCUGUUUGCAACGUAACUAUUGUACAUACGGAACUUGGAUGUUUCUACUCGGGUGCGCAUUCUUGCCUGAAAUAACGCAGCGCAGAGUGACACCUGACGUCUUCUUCCUGAAGUUUAGCUGUAGAGUUGCCAUAUGACAUUUACAGUGUUGGUGCCACUUAAAAACCCAUCUAAAUAAACCCCCAAUCUGUUUUACAUUAUCUUAGUUAAAAUCAGAAACAAGUUUUUGGCAUAUUUCAAGAAUUGAAAUUCGGAUCUUGUUAAAAAAUUUCUAAACUUGGAAAGCUCAAGAUUG